CUAGUUUAUAAUUUAUAGACGUAUCUGACCUCUAUUGACCUCAAUACACCAAGAUUUUACAAUGAAAAUUCUACUGUGACACAGUACUGCAAAGGUUUAAUAGUGCACGAGGCCCUUGUCUGUGCAUUAUUUGGAGAGAGAGAGAGAGAGAGAGGAGGGGCGAGCAUGCAAGGCGAGUUAUGUGCACGCGAAGCUUCUUGCACAUGACAAAGGUAGAUAUACUGUAUCUUUGUUAAAAUAUUUGUUUUGUAGUGAAACAGCAGUAUUAUGAAUGCCAGCAUGUAAAGAAGAAGAAAAAGAAAAGGACAAGAGGAACCACUGUGAUCUGGAGGGGAAGUGUGAAUUAUUUUUGGUCCUAAAGAGCAAAGAGGGAAGAGGAAAUAGAAGGAUCUUCAGUUGUCCGAGUUACUGAUUCACUUUUUUAAGAAAUUCAGCCAGGCCACAUCUCAGGAAUGGAAAAAAGUGAAAUCAACACGUCCACAGAGACUCCAUAUGAAUUAUUCUAUGAGUCGAUUUAUUCGUAUUAUGAUGCAUUUCCAUGUGUCAGUGGAUAUGAGGCUGGACAUAAACACAUUGCAGUUUCCAUAAUCCUCAGCGCAGUGAUCCUGAUCAGUCUCAUUGGGAACCUCCUGGUGGUUGUGAUCAGUGUAUUCUACAUGAAUCUUAAAUCGCUGACCAACAUCUUCAUACUCAACUUGGCUCUGUCAGAUUUGCUUUUUACUGCCGGACUGCCUUUCUGGGUGAGUGAAUAUGCAUGGGGUGCGACUUUUGGAGAUGCAGGGUGUAAAGUUGUCAUCUUUCUUUUAGCUACUGGAUUUUACAGCAGUGUCAUGUUCUUGGUGUUGAUGAGUUUUCAGCGCUACAUGGCCGUCCUGCACCCUCUUUUAGGUUGGAUAAAAGGACAUGGCUUCACACUCGUUCCUAUCAUCGCAUGGGUAGUGAGCGUCUCUGCAGCAUUGCCAGCUACAGUGCACAGCACAGCAAUGUCUGACCCGGAAGGCCUUGUUUUUUACUGUAUGUACAGCAGCCUAACUGCGUUUGUUGCCAUUUCAUAUGAAGAGAUCAUCACUUUUGUUUGCAUCUUAUUGCUCAUGGCUUUUUGCUACAUCAGGAUUUUGCAAACCAUCUUCAAGUCGCCAACAAACCAGAACUGCAAACACUCCCGAGUUACUGGACUUUCUUUCUUUCUGGUGGUUACAUUCUUUAUUUUUUGGGCUCCUUCUAACAUAGUGAACUUUCUUCAGCUCUUGUAUUACCACAAUAUCAUGUUUAUCACACAUUGUGAAAUCUUGCGCCUCGAAUAUGCCAGUUAUAUCUGUCAACCUGUUGCGAUCACCCGAUGCUGCCUCAAUCCAGUGAUCUAUCUGAUAUUUGGUGUAAAGUUCCGGAAGACAGUGCGAGAGGUUUUUCAAAGGCGAACUGCUUUAAACGCUGCACAAAUGAGGAUGGUCGAAUGUCAUUCUGACAGUUUCUAAUAAUUUGAAUUAUUAAGUCACAGAGCUAGACGUAAAUCAAACAGGUGUGUAUCUAUAUCGUUUUUCCCUCUUCAGAUGUGAGAAAAGUAUCUGCUUAACAACAGAGAACUGCUUUCACGUCCACGUCCAGACCACAGAGUUCUUCUGAAAGUUUUUUCAAACCUGCUAGUAGACUAUAACAAAAUCAA